AUGGGAGAUGAAGAUUGGGAAGCAGACAUAAUCAAACCUCAUAUGUCUUCCUGUGUUCCUGUAUUUGAGAAGGAUAGGUAUUCCUCUGGAGCAAAUGGAGACAGUUUUAACAGGACGCCAACUUCAUCAUCAGAAAUGGAUGAUGGUCCACGAAGAGAUCAUUUCAUGAGCAGUGGAUUUGUUUCUGGAAGGAGUUUGGGGAAUAGAGAUUCUGGUGAGUCUAAUAAAAGAGAGAAUCCAUCCACAAUGGGUGGUUUUGGAGUUGGAAAGGGUUUUGGAAACAGAGGUUUUUUACAUAACAAGUUUGAAGAAGGGGAUAGCUCAGGUUUUUGGAGAGAGUCUUCUAAUGACAGUGAAGAUAAUCAAGCACGGGACAGAGGGUUUUCCAGAAGAGGCGGAUAUCAGGGUGGAAAUGAUUCAGAAGCUUCAAGCUCAUCCAGAAGAGGUGGGAGAGGUAGUUUCCGAGGUUGCCAUGGAGGAUUUGGUCCAGGAAGUCCAAGUAACAAUUUUGAACAAGAUGAAGGAACACAGUAUACUGGUGGCCCUUUUGCUUCUAAAAGAUCAACAUUAAGUGGCACAGGUAAUGGUGACACUUACCAAAGCAGAAGUGGCAAUGGAAGUGGGCGAGGUGGUUAUAAAGGUUUAAAUGAAGAAGUAAUAACAGGUUCUGGAAAGAAGUCUUCAAAAUCGGAAGCUGAAGAAGAAAGUGGUGACACUCAAGGACCAAAAGUGACUUACAUACCACCUCCUCCACCAGAGGAUGAGGACUCCAUCUUUGCACAUUAUCAGACAGGCAUAAACUUUGACAAAUAUGAUACAAUUCUUGUGGAAGUAUCUGGACAUGAUGCACCACCGGCAAUUCUGACUUUUGAAGAAGCUAAUCUCUGUCAGACACUGAAUAACAACAUUGCUAAAGCCGGUUAUACAAAGCUUACGCCAGUACAAAAAUACAGUAUUCCUAUUAUACUAGCAGGACGAGAUUUGAUGGCUUGUGCUCAGACAGGAUCAGGAAAGACUGCAGCUUUCCUCUUGCCGAUUUUGGCUCAUAUGAUGCGUGAUGGAAUAACUGCCAGUCGUUUCAAAGAGCUGCAGGAACCAGAGUGUAUUAUUGUAGCACCAACUCGAGAACUGGUCAACCAGAUCUAUUUGGAAGCCAGAAAAUUUUCUUUUGGGACUUGUGUAAGAGCUGUUGUUAUCUAUGGGGGAACCCAGUUGGGACAUUCAAUUCGACAAAUAGUACAAGGCUGUAAUGUAUUAUGUGCUACACCUGGAAGACUGAUGGAUAUCAUAGGUAAAGAAAAGAUUGGUCUGAGACAAGUCAAAUACUUAGUUUUGGACGAAGCUGAUCGUAUGCUGGAUAUGGGUUUUGGUCCAGAAAUGAAGAAGUUAAUUUCCUCCCCAGGAAUGCCAUCAAAGGAACAGCGUCAAACCCUUAUGUUUAGUGCAACUUUUCCAGAGGAAAUUCAAAGGUUGGCUGGAGAGUUUUUAAAGUCGAAUUAUUUAUUUGUUGCUGUUGGACAAGUGGGGGGAGCAUGUAGAGAUGUUCAGCAGACUGUUCUCCAAGUUGGCCAGUACUCAAAAAGAGAAAAACUUGUGGAAAUUCUGCGAAAUACAGGUGAUGAAAGAACUAUGGUCUUUGUUGAAACUAAGAAAAAAGCAGAUUUUAUUGCAACCUUUCUUUGUCAAGAAAAAAUAUCAACUACAAGUAUUCAUGGUGAUCGGGAACAGAGAGAGAGAGAGCAAGCUCUUGGAGAUUUUCGUUGUGGAAAGUGCCCAGUUCUUGUUGCCACAUCAGUAGCUGCUAGGGGACUGGAUAUUGAAAAUGUUCAACAUGUUAUCAAUUUUGAUCUUCCUUCUGCCAUUGAUGAAUAUGUUCAUCGAAUUGGACGUACUGGUCGUUGUGGGAAUACUGGCAGAGCUGUUUCCUUUUUUGAUCCUGAAUCGGAUAGCCAUAUAGCACAACCUCUAGUGAAAAUACUGUCAGAUGCACAACAGGAUGUCCCUGCUUGGUUGGAGGAAAUUGCCUUUAGUACAUACCUUCCUGGCUUCGGUGGUAGUGUGAGAGGAAAUGUCUUUGCAUCAGUUGAUACUCGAAAGGGGAAGAGCACUUUGAGCACAGUAGGAUUUGCUUCUUCACAGAUGCCCAAUCCAGUAGAUGACGAGUCAUGGGAUUAA